GUCUGGACUCUGUGCUGUUCCUCAGCAGCAGAAAAAGAAAAGAAAACCAGCACAACUCCAAAGUAAACUUUGAAGAGUUUGAAAAAGGAAUUGAAUCUUAAAACUGUUACUGUGCCCUGUAAGGCCCUUGUGCAGGGGACUUCAAAGGAGGAUGAUGGUGAAGGAAGCUUUGGCAAGAGUACUUACAGCUGUGGGCUAUCUAGGAUCCAAGUAAAUAGCUCUACAGCUCUUCAGGAGAGAGGAGUUCCGAAUACUGUGCUGCUUUGAAGAGAUCACAGUUCUCAUCCAACAGGACAUAUGGCUCUUUUAAAGAAAAUUAACCAGAUCUUACUGUUACUUCUUGUCUUAACUGUGUGCGCCAUUCUGUAUAACAAAGUUCACCAAGUGCCAUCUGCAAUAAAGAAUGAAACAGUUGAUUUGGGGAGUCCUGAAGAAAUGGAAGAAGAAAUCCCAGUUGUAAUCUGUGCUGCUGCGGGCAGAAUGGGUGCAGCUAUAGCAGCAAUCAGCAGCAUCUACAGCAACACAGAGGCUAAUGUCUUGUUCUACAUAGUUGGGCUGAAGACCACCAUCCCGCAUAUUCGAAAAUGGAUUGAAAAUUCUAAACUGAAAGAAAUAAAAUUUAAAGUUGUGGAAUUCAACCCUAUGGUACUAAAAGGAAAAAUCAGACAAGAUGCAUCACGUCCUGAGCUACUGCAGCCU